ACAGCUGACGGCGACUGUGAGAUCAAUUUAGUUUCUCGUUAAACUUGGUUAAAAAUUGUCUAAAAAUGGUGAAAGUCUGGCUUAUGGACAACGAGGAAACGGAUCAGCGCUUGGAGCACCAUCGGAAUCCUCCAUCCUACGUGGAACUGGCUGAUCUGUACAAGAAAACCGGCGUGGAGUACUUCAAGAUCAAUGCAGACGCGUACCAGAGCGAUGAGACUCUUACGGAACUGAGGGCGAAGCGCGGAUAUACCUAUGAUGAUGAGAUUACGUGCUCGGAAAAGUGCCUGGCCGACUAUGCCAACAAGCUGAAGGCUUUCUUUACCGAACACCUGCACACGGAUGAGGAAAUACGUUUGGUCUUGGAUGGAUCCGGUUACUUUGAUGUUAGAGAUAACGAAGAGAACUGGCUGCGCAUACAGGUGGUUAAAGGAGAUCUUAUUAUUAUUCCCGCUGGUAUCUAUCAUCGUUUUACUUUGGAUUCCAACAACUUUAUCAGAGCCCGGCGCUAUUUUGUUGGGGAGCCUGUCUGGACGCCACACAAUCGUCCAGCCGAUGACAUGGAUUGCAGGAAAUCAUAUAUUAAACAUCAGGCAGAAAACUUUGUGAAAUUGAACAAGGUUUAAAAGGUUUUCCUUAUAUUUUAUAAAUUUUAUUCGGAAUAUGUUUUGUAGUGUAUGUUUAACAAUU